UUUAUGUUUCUGUUAAUGGCAGAACAAAGAUGUUACUGAAGCAAUUCAGAAAGUCGCUGCUGCUUAUGACUGCAAGAUUGUUGAAGGGGUUCUCAGUCAUCAAAUGAAACAAUUUGUAAUUGAUGGAAACAAGGUUGUAUUGAGUGUUUCAGCGCCUGAAACAAGAGUAGACGAUGCUGAGUUUGAGGAGAAUGAGGUUUAUGCUAUCGAUAUAGUUACAAGCACUGGCGAAGGCAAGCCCAAGUUAUUGGAUGAGAAACAGACAACCAUUUAUAAGAGAGCUGUUGAUAAGAAUUACCAUUUAAAGAUGAAAGCAUCCCGAUUCAUAUAUAGUGAGAUAAACCAGAAGUUUCCAAUCAUGCCGUUUACUGCUAGGGCUUUGGAAGAAAAACGCACCCGACUUGGCCUAGUGGAAUGUCUUAAUCAUGACCUCUUGGAGCCAUAUCCUGUUCUGCAUGAGAAGCCUGGUGAUCUAGUUGCACACAUCAAAUUCACUGUUUUGCUAAUGCCAAAUGGGUCGGACCGCAUCACAUCCCAUUAUCUGCAGGAGUUGCAGCCUGCUAAAACAGUAGAUGACCCUGAGAUAAAAGCCUGGUUAUCUUUAGGUACAAAGACGAAGAAGAAAGGUGGAGGGAAGAAGAAGAAAGGUAAGAAAGCAGACGAGGUGACCAUUGAAGAAGCCAAGGAUGAACAUUCACAGGGAUGACAAAUUCCUUUUUUAUUUAAUAUCUUUGAAAUUUUGGCCUAUUUGUCGCUAAGCUGUGUCUGUUGAUGGUAAAAAUAUCUUCGGAUGAUUAUACUGUAUGUACACAGCUUUUCUGUAUCCUUCUCUUUUUGGACAGGAAAAGAUACUGUAGAAACUGGAAAUUAAUCUAGAGAAGAAUUAUUCUCAAAUUUGGAUU